UCCCUUGGACUUUCUCACUUCCAGCCCGCGGCCAGCCUGUCUCGGUGGAUGCAGCCCCCCUUGCUGGACAAACACCCGCUCGCAGACUUCGCCUGAAGAAGCCACGUCAGGCUGCACUGGCCAAAUACCUGCUUGGGGCUUGCACCUGCUAGAAGAGGAGGAGGACCAGGAGCAGAAUGCUGGGCUUGAAGUACAUGUCAGGAUUUGGAAACGAACACGUUUCUGAGGAUCCGCGCUGUCCUGGAGCUUUACCAGAGGGACAGAACAACCCACAGGUCUGCCCCUACGGCCUCUACGCGGAGCAGCUCUCAGGCUCGGCCUUCACGUGUCCCCGGCCCACCAACAGGAGGAGCUGGCUCUAUCGGAUCCUGCCCUCGGUCUGCCACAAGCCUUUCCAGCCCCUGCAGGAGGGACACUUGACACACAGCUGGGACGAGGUGGACCCCGACCCCAACCAGCUGAGAUGGAAACCCUUCGAGAUCCCGAAAGCCCCCCAGAACAAGCUGGAUUUUGUGAGCGGACUGCACACCUUGUGCGGCGCCGGAGAGCCCAGAGGACGCCACGGCAUCGCCGUCCACAUCUUCGUCUGCAACACCUCCAUGCUCGACAGAUGCCUUUAUAAUUCAGACGGUGACUUCCUGAUUGUGCCCCAGCAAGGAAAACUGCUCAUCACGACCGAGUUUGGGAAGAUGCUAGUGGAGCCCAACGAAAUCUGUGUUAUCCAGCAAGGAAUGCGUUUUAGCGUGGAGGUGUUUGGAGAGACCAGAGGCUACAUCCUGGAGGUGUAUGGGGCGCACUUUGAGCUGCCUGACCUGGGACCCAUUGGAGCAAAUGGCCUGGCUAAUCCCCGCGACUUCUUGGUGCCGGUGGCAUGGUAUGAGGACCGGCGAGUGCCGGGGGGCUACACGGUGAUCAGCAAGUACCAGGGCAAGCUGUUUGCGGCCCAGCAGGAUUUCUCCCCCUUCAACGUUGUAGCCUGGCAUGGGAACUACACGCCGUACAAAUACAAUCUGGAAAACUUCAUGGUCAUUAAUUCUGUUGCUUUUGACCACGCGGAUCCUUCCAUCUUCACUGUCCUGACAGCCAAGUCGACCCGUCCUGGAGUGGCGAUUGCUGACUUUGUCAUAUUCCCCCCCCGAUGGGGGGUGGCCAACAACACCUUCCGACCACCAUACUACCACAGGAACUGCAUGAGUGAGUUCAUGGGGCUCAUCAAAGGCCACUAUGAAGCAAAGGAGGAGGGCUUCCAGCCUGGAGGGGCCAGCUUGCACAGCAUGAUGACUCCUCACGGGCCGGAUGCUGACUGUUUUGAGAAGGCGAGCAAAGCCAAGCUGGAGCCUGAGAGGGUUGCAGAAGGGACUAUGGCCUUCAUGUUUGAAUCUUCCCUCAGCAUGGCUGUUACCAAGUGGGGCCUCAAGACCUCCAACCGCCUAGAUAAAAACUACUACAAGUGCUGGGAACCUCUGAAAAGCCAUUUCAACCCCAACUGCAAGUAAAGAGACAUAUCUGUUGCUUGCAACACAAACCGACGACAGGGAAAUCCAGCAUACCUGCAUGUGGUGGCACAGUCAACUCAGGCAACGAGUGCUCCAAGAAUGCAUUUCCAGCAGCCACCAAAUCACCAAAGCUAUCAUGCUCAUGUAACUUGGGAAACGCAAUAAAAAACACUAUUCUUAACUUCCAAGUACCCAAUUAAAGCCCUCCUGGUGACACA